GCGGCGAGGGAGAGGGGGAAGCCCUGGCAGCCGCGGCGGGCGAGGAGGGGUGUGUGCUGGGGCCGCCGCCGCCUCUGCCUCUCCGCCGCUUCUUGAGCAGCCCGGCUCGCCUGUCUCUUUAAAUCGCGCCUCCUCGUCGCCGCGCGUGCCCCCCCCCCGCCGCCCCGAAUGAGCCCGUCCUCGGUGGAGAGCGCGCGCGGCAGGCUCCGAUCAAGCGCCGCAGCCGCCGCCGCCGCUGCCGGGCCCGAGCGGGACAAACCAAUUGGGAAAGAAGCAGGGGGGGGGGAAGUAAGAAUAGUGCUUAAUGCAACUCACAAUCCUUCCAGGAGAAAAUUCACUUCUGUCCUGCUUCAUUUAACAAAGAAGAAAUUUACGACUAAAGCCAGACCUACUCGGCUUCUGCCAGCCCAGCUAAAUGAGGGAUGAAUAAUGAGAAUCUAACCAUUUUGGACAGAGCGAAAGGACCGGAACUCUAAGCCAGGAGGAACGCUAUUCUUACGGUCAAGAUUGCCGGAGGGAACUUAAAGGCAAUCGGACCACCUAUCGCAUCAAUUGGCGAGAGCGAGGGCGUUAGACCUCGCGCCGUCGCUGAUUGGCUGCUGGCCUGAUAGUUCCGCCUGGCGUCUGGUUUGAAACGGUGCAUCUUGAUUGGACACAGCGGAGAGAGGGCGCGGGGAGAAGGCGUCAUCCACUUCCGGGUAUGUGAUUACGGUGAUGGGAAUUGCAAGGAGAAAUCAAAAGCUCAUGGAUUUCACUGCUGGGAUCCUUCUUCCGCUGCUUUUGGGUGGCGCAGGGAUCUUCACUCUCUUCCGAUGGAUCAAGAGAAUCCAGGCCAGGGCGUAUCUGAAGGACGCGGUGGUGGUCAUCACAGGGGCAACUUCUGGAUUGGGGAAAGAAUGCGCCAAAGCUUUCCACGCUGCGGGAUCCAAAUUGGUGCUGUGUGGUCGAAGUAGAGAGAAGCUUCAGGAAGUUCUUCAGGAGCUAUCCGUCGCUGCUGACCCCCUCAAAAAUGCCCGUAGACAUCACACUGUAGUUUUUGAUCUCUCGGAUAUCAAAGCUGUAGUGAACGCUGCGAAGGAGAUUUUGAACUGUGUGGAUCACGUUGAUAUUUUAAUUAACAACGCUGGGAUCAGCUACCGGGGCACCAUCGCAGACACCGCGAUAGAGGUGGACCGGAAGGUGAUGGAAACCAAUUAUUUUGGUCCAGUUGCUUUAACAAAAGCCCUUCUGCCUGCCAUGAUGGAGAGGAGGAAAGGGCACAUCGUAGCCAUCAGCAGCGUGCAAGGCAAAAUCAGCGUUCCUUUCCGCUCGGCGUAUGCAGCCUCCAAGCACGCAACUCAAGCCUUUUUUGACUGCUUGCGAGCCGAAGUGGCGCGAUUCAACAUUGAAGUGACCGUUGUGUGUCCCGGCUACAUCCAGACGAACCUUUCGCUCAAUGCCGUCACGUCAGACGGAUCCCAGUACGGAGUGAUGGACAAGACCACCAGUGAAGGCAAGGCGGCGGCUGACGUGGCUCGGCUGGUCCUGGACGCCGUGGGGGAGAGGCAGAAGGAAGUCCUGCUGGUGCCCGGUUUCCUGCCCGCCCUGGCGGUCUAUCUCCGGCCACUCUGCCCUGCCCUCUUCUUCACCCUCAUGGCCAGGAGAGCUGGCAAGGACAAGAAGGAGAAGGAAUCCUAGCCCUGCCUGGAUGCUGCCCUGUCAGAGGGGGACUGAAGCUGGACCGGUGGGAAAACGGUGGGAGUGUUUUAAUUUCAUCCUUCGUUGCACUAAAAGUCGGGUUUUGUCUGGGGGCAACAAACAUCAAACGCAAAGUCUUCGGGCAAUGCAAAGCAUGUGUUUUAUCUCUCUCUGUGUGUCUGUAUAUAUAUGUAUACACACACACACACACACACACACACACACACACAUAUGACCUGAAUUUGCUAGGAUUAACAUUAUAUAUGUAUGUAUACACACAUAUGUACACAUAUAUACAUACACACAAAUAUAUCACGUGAAUUUGCUAGGAUUAACAUCUCUAUCUAUAUCUAUAUUCAAACACAUCUCAAAUAUACAAUUAUAUAGUAUAUAUUUAUAUUACAUAUUUUUAUAUAAUUAUAUAUUAUAUAAUGCAAGAGAUUAAUCCUAGCAAAUUCAUGUCAGAUGCUGGGAAUGGAAGCCCUGUAGCCGACAUGCUUCCCCCUCAGCGUGCCAUUAAUAGCUCAGUAUGUUGAGUUCUUUUUCUCACCUGCAUCUCAAGCUGUAUUUCACGCUUAAACGGGACAGGGGAAAAACAUGAGUUGACCCUCGUAGGUAUUAAAAUAUUCCAAGUUAAAGUAAA